UGUGUGCGCGCAUGUGCGUUUGUUUAGUUAUUUAUUUACUCAUUUAUACUCAUUUACAUGUAGUUGUUUAUUUCAUAUAAUAAUAUAUAGGUUGAGAAAUCGUUCUCAGAUGCACGAGAUAUCGAGUUUGCAGUGAAAGAAGGCAUGAUCUACUUACUUCAAGCUCGACCAAUCACGUCUCUCGAUAUCGAGUCUGAUUUUGAACUCAUGCAUGAACAGGACGGCCCGUUGUUUACUGACACUGAGAUGUUCACAAAUGCCAACACCGGAGAAAUGAUGCCGCAGGCUAUGACACCGCUCACCUGCGAUGUAUUUGUUUCCGGUGCUGCAGGUAUGCAGCAGGUAAUGGGAGCUGAAUUUCUAGGCAGCAAUGCCAUCCAAAACGCCUACGUAGAAGCGGGUUCAACAACAUUUUGUAAACACUUCUUCUUAAAUAUGUACAUAACUUUGUAUUUCGCAAAUGAAUACACAUCAUUACUGAACACGAAAGACCAAAAGGAAGGGUUUGAGAUCAUGAUGUUUGGCAAACCACUGGGAAACGAAAUUUUGGACAGGAUCCAUGCGCGUUACAGAAACAUCCGUGUCUCGUUGUACCGCAAAAUCCGAGGACUUCUACAGCUGGUCAUCUCUGCGCUUAGAGGAAAGCACCGCAUACAGCAAGGUAAAAGCUUAGUCAAGACGGCAAACACUGACUUCAGUACCACUGACACACGCAUGCUAUAUCAACAAAUUGAGAAACUUCGCAAGGCGAGUGGUGAGUGCUGGUACUGCCACACGCAAGUUUCAUUGGCAUCUUCAACAUUCAGUGGUUUAAUAAAAAUCAUUUUGGACACUGGCCGAGAAGAAGAUCACGCCAUCGUAAUGUCUGAAGUUGCCAACCUUCUAUCAACCUGCCCAGACGUAUUGAGUGCUGACGUACCACAUGCUCUCAGGAAAAUCGCGCUAACGGUGAUUGACAGCGGUAAAGCCGAGUUCUUUCAGUCAUUGUCGGCAAAGGAGGCAGCCCAGUGGCUACAGACAGAUGACAGCGGAGAGCUGAAGAAUGAGUUUGCAAGAUUUAUAGAGACGCAUGGACACAGAUGCGUGCGCGAGUCUGAACUAUGGGAAAAACCUUGGAGAAUGGAGCCAAAAAAGGUUGUCAAAACAAUACAGGCUAUGACAAAAUCACCAGACGAAAUGAGGAAUCAAAAAAGGCACAUGACUGAGGAUGAAACAAUUGCGAGCAUUAAGGUUCCGGUUACCGCUAUCAAAAAAAAAAUGUUGCGAUACAUCUUGCCAAUUGCAAGAACAGCGGUCGGUCAGAGAGAAAAUGGUAAAGGCAUCGCAAUCAAAUUAAUGGACUUCUUGCGACAAGGAUACAUUCGACUGGCUGAGCUGCUCGUACACGAGGGUCGUCUACCCGAAGAAGAGUUGAUCUUCUUUUUGCGACAUAAUGAAAUCGGCAAACUGAUCAAGACCAGGUCGGCUAGACUCAUCAACAAGGCCAAUCGAAGAAGAAAACUCAUGCCCACGCUAAUGGCAAUGCAGUUCCCUGAAAUCAUGACUGGCUAUCCAACGCCGAUUGAAGACGAUGAGAAAAAUGAUGUUCCCACAACGUCAGAGCUAACCGGUAUCUUUGUUUAA